AUGAAGUCCUUCCUCGCUCUUACCGCUCUUGCCGCUUUGUGCCACUCGGCAUACUGCUUUACAAAGGGAACCUAUACGAUCGGUUCAGCCAGUCUCGACAAGACCAUGGUGUUGACCGAGGUGACUGGUCAAGAGGACCUCGAAUUCAGGAAAUCCAAUGGACAUCCAGCCCAAAUUUGGGACUUCACAAAGGACAGUAAUAACGCCGAAUACUUCGUGGUCACAAACAACAUCGGCGGAUCCAUCACUUGCCCCGAGUUGGAUAGCCUAUGCAUUGUUGAUGAUGGUGAGGCGCCUACAUCCUUCCGCCCGGAAUAUGUUGGGGGCCAGAAUUACGAGCUUGUAGCAAGCGGGAGUGGUUAUUCCCUGCAGCUCGCAGCUGGCAACAAGCUGAAGCUUGCUGAAUAUGAAAGUGGUCACGAUCAGGAAUUUGUCUUGACUCAAACUUAA